GGCCGGCAGGGGCGGGCCGGGUUGCGGCCGGCUUCUCUGGCCAGGCAGCGCGGGGGGGGCGCGAGGUGCGCUCCUGUCAAGAGCCAUGCUCGGCAGGUCCGGGUACCGGGCGCUGCCCCUGGGGGACUUUGACCGUUUCCAGCAGUCGAGCUUCGGCUUCCUGGGCUCGCAGAAGGGCUGCUUGUCCCCGGAGCGGGGCGGCGUGGGGCCGGGGGCCGAUGCGCCUCAGAGCUGGCCCUCCUACUUCUGCCACAGCCUCAUCAGUUUCCUGGGGUUCUUGCUGCUGCUGAUCACCUUUCCCAUUUCUGGCUGGUUUGCCUUGAAGAUUGUGCCCACCUAUGAGCGGAUGAUCGUGUUUCGACUGGGCCGGAUCCGCACCCCUCAAGGGCCUGGCAUGGUUCUACUCUUGCCCUUCAUUGACUCCUUUCAGCGGGUGGAUUUGAGGACACGAGCUUUCAAUGUCCCUCCCUGCAAGUUGGCCUCUAAGGAUGGGGCUGUGCUGUCCGUGGGGGCCGAUGUCCAGUUCCGCAUCUGGGAUCCGGUACUGUCUGUGAUGACUGUGAAGGACCUGAACAUGGCCACGCGCAUGACGGCCCAGAACGCCAUGACCAAGGCCCUGCUCAAGAGGCCUCUGCAGGAGAUCCAGAUGGAGAAGCUCAAGAUCAGCGACCAGCUCCUGCUGGAAAUCAAUGAUGUGACCAGGGCCUGGGGGCUGGAGGUGGACCGAGUGGAGCUAGCAGUGGAGGCCGUGCUCCAGCCACCCCAGGACAGCCCAGCGGGGCCCAGCUUGGACAGCACCCUCCAGCAGCUGGCCCUCCACUUCCUAGGAGGAGGCCUGUCCUCCGUGGCAGGAGGUGCCUCAGCCCCAGGGUCAGACACCUUGGAGAUGGUCAGCGAAGCUGAACAGCCUGCCCCACACGUUGGUUCUGGGCUCAGCCCAAAGCAGCCCGUGGCCGAGGGCCUGCUGACUGCCCUGCAGCCCUUCCUGUCGGAGGCCCUGGUCAGCCAGGUCGGGGCCUGCUACCAGUUCAAUGUCAUCCUGCCCAGUGGUACCCAGAGCAUCUACUUCCUCGACCUCACUACAGGGCACGGGAGGGUAGGCCACGGGGUGCCUGACGGCCUCCCAGAUGUGGUGGUGGAGAUGGCGGAGGCAGACCUGCGGGCCCUUCUGUGCAGGGAGCUGCGGCCCCUGGGGGCCUACAUGAGUGGGCGGCUAAAGGUGAAGGGUGACCUGGCUGUGGCCAUGAAGCUGGAGGCUGUCCUCAGGGCCCUGAAGUAGCAGCUUUGGCUGACUGUCCAUAGCCCAGCCCCAAGUCUGGCAUCAAGCCAGGGGGGGCAUCUUGGAGGAGGAGGCACUGGUGCCACACCUUGGAUUGUUGAGGCCCUGCGAAGUUCGAGGCUCAGCCAGGAGCCAGUGAAUGGAGGCUGGGCAGACACCAGAGGCUGGGAGACACUGAGUCAGGCCACCUGGCCCUUCUCACCUAGAGUGCUUCUCUGGACAAGCCUUUGCCCAUCCCGGUCCCCGGCUGACUGCCCCUCCCCGAGCCGGGUACACGGAGUGAUGACAAGAGGGCCAGGCCCGCUCCGCUCUGCUGGCUAACUGACUGCAGAGGCAGGGCCCGCAGGAACAGCCUGACCGCAGUGGGUUUGGUCCCAGCGCGAGGGAGCCAAGCAUGUGGCUCAGGUCCCAGCUCAAGUGGGGAUCAGAGAGGGUGAGUGGGGGAGAAGGAAGGCAGCCACCAAGGAGAGUCACUGCAGGGCAGGGAUUCGGGGAUGGAGCUGGGCCUGCCUUCCUGGUUGUCGUCUAGGCUCAAGCCAGUGUGCAGGGGGGAUGGAAAAGCGUGGGGCCUUCUCCACCUCUGGCCCUGCUCCUGAAGAUGUCUUGACGACUCAUCUACCAGCUCCCAGCUCCGUCUUGCAUGCCUGACGGGCUGGGGCCCAGGGCAGCAUGUAGGAGAGCCCUGUUCUGUGCUUUUUACCAGAGGUUUGCAAACCGCCAAUAAAUGUGCUGUUUACAAUGUAUUGAAGAGAAAUGGGGGCACGGGCUUGGGUUGGGGGGUUCCCGAGGCCAUGCCCUUACCGCCACCCGGGGAAGGACGAGGGCUGGGAGGCUGACACACCCUUAAUAUAUGCGUGUAAAUCACCCACAGUUCCCCUUCCUGCCAGGGGUUUCAGAGACCCUGGGGCAGGUGUGGGCUCUUCCGUUCCUCUUUGGGGUAGAAGUUCGCCAGGAAAGAGAGGUAUGGGUGUGUCUGGGCUGGUCCUGCAGACACCCUCCCGAGGGGCAGGGUGGGGGGGGUCUGAUCACGUUCAGCAGAUGAGUCAGGGCUGCUGUCAGCUCCCUGUCUUCCCCCCCCCGGGGUCCCUGUUUCUCCCCCAGCAGAGGGGAAGGAAACAGAAGGAAUUGGGCCUGGAGGCCCGGCCCGGGGGGCUUUAGCCCUGGGAGCCCGGCCCGGCUUUCUGCUCCAGUGCUCCAGCCCAAACCCCAGGGACCCCAGGGAAGGGGCCUUUUACUGCUUCAGCCCUAAGAAAUGAAUCUCACUUCCUGGAAAGGCUUGUGAAAAAAGAAACCCACAGAAAUCAGGACCUCCCCUCUGCGAAACAGCCCUGGGCUUGUCCUCUGGCACCAGGCGGUUCCCCUCGGGGCCUCACCAGCCCCCCUGGCACCAGGCCCCAUCUGGUUUUCCCCUUUUUUCCUGCCAGUGCUUGCCUUUUCCCUCCUCUGGUAAGUCCUCCUAGUGUGGACUGCGUGGCCUUGGGGUUUAGGUUUCAGCUCCAGGGUCCCCACCUUGGAGGGCCAGAGCCCCGGCCAGCUGCCCUCCCCCCCAGCUCUGCCCUCAGCCGGAGGCUGCCUUCCCUGCAGUCCUUCCCGCCCCCACCAGCCACUCUCCCCCGCCACCCUCGAAGCCUAGUGGGGCACGGUCCUCUGCUCUCCACUGGGCCCCCCUCUACAUUGGGGCUGUCGCCAUUCUUGGCAUCAGUGCCUGUCCUUCCUGCCGGACUGUGAACUUCAUAUAUGAGCUGUUCCUUUCUCCACGGCAGCACGCAGCAUGCCAGGAGUUUACGGGAAAGCCCCACGUCUUCCUCGUGAAAGCUUAGAAGAAAUCGAAACUGAGAUUAUCUUUGUGGUUGUGGGAGGAUCAACAUAACAUUUACAGGAAACUGAAUCUUCUGGAUGUCUAUAUAGGUGGGGAGUAAGGCCUACCACUAAUUCCCCGUGUUGAGGGGCACUCAUUCCUUGGUGAGGCCAGCACCCUAGGAAAGGGAGCCCAAGGGUUCAAGGGCCCCUGGGCUUCGAGGUCUGAGAAGGCCUUGCAGUCGGCUGGGGAAGGCAAGGGGCACUUAACAGCGGUAGGGAGGGAGGGAGAGGGUGUCAAUCAGAGGAGGCUUCCCUGAGGAGGUGAUGCCCUUAUGCCCUUGCAGCCACAGGGCAGGGUGAUGAGAGAAGAAAAGAGACGGGGCAAAGCAUGCCACAGAGGGGACAGCCCCUGCGAGGACAGAGCUGGAAGAGGCAGCUGAGUGGCUUCUGAUUUCAGGAACUGGAACCUGAAGUAUGGGGGGGCGCGCGUGGAUUUGGGGGAGAGGGGAUAGAAAGAGUAACGCUGUACCAUAUACGUGCCUGCACUGAACUAGACUUGCUAUAUAUCAUUUUUUUCCCUCGAGAUAACCUUACAAAUAAUGAUAAGUAAAAUGCUCACAUUGACAUAUGUGUAAUGUAUUAUUUUGAUGUUAUUUUAAAAAUAAGUAAAUUUUGAAUAGCUGGUACAGUCACGUCCUUCAAAUCUUUUUAAAGAUUAAAAAGGCAUACUAUUAAAACUGUCCCUAAUACUCCUGACUCCAUCCACAUAGUUCCCACACCUUCCUCCAAACAAGUAUCCACUGAUUAGUUUGUUGGUUAUUCCAGAAGGUUUUUUUUUAUGCAUAUACAAGAAAAUCCAAAUAUAUAUCCUCUGGACUUUCUAAAAUACAAAUGGAAACAUAGAAAAUAUAAUGUUGCUUUAUUCACAUUACACCUUGAGGAUCUUUCCAUAACAGCAUGCACAGACUUCUCCCACUGCGUUUUGUAGUUCCAUAGGCUUCUAUUGUUCAGAUGUAUCAUAAUUUAUUUAACCUGUCUGCAUUAAUGGACAUUUAGAUUAUUUGGGGGGUUUUGCUAUUUCAAGCAAUGCUGUAGUAAUAACCUUUAGCAUACACUACUUCGCCUGUGCUUGAGCUUACCUGUAGGAUAAAAUUCCAGAAGAGAAAUGGCUAGGUUAAAACAUUUGUAAUUUAGGGGCGCCUGGGUGGCGCAGUCGUUAAGCGUCUGCCU